AUGGUCACUCAAAGAAACACCCCCCUUCAACGAUCAGCAUUCACGCUCAUCGAACUCCUUGUCGUCAUCGCAAUCAUCGCGCUGCUGAUUGGGAUCCUCCUCCCAGCACUUGGUCAGGCGCGAGACAGCGCUCGCAAUGUCCUGUGCAAAUCCAAUCUUCGACAGAUUGGGACCGCGACGGUGCUGUACUCUGAUGACUAUCGAGGCAAGUUCCCUCCUGCCGUUGGUGGACCAUUUGUCAUCGAUCCUGAGAACGGCAAGCGAAAUAUGGUCUGGUACGAUGUGAAUAGGAUUGGUCAGUACCUGCCGCAGGAAGACUUCCGUAAUGUCGCAGCCGAUAGUGUGGAGAACCCAACCGUCGGCGGUUCCGUUAUGGAGUGUCCCAACCAUCCUGAUCCCGCUCGUUCAUACACGAUGAACUACUGGGCAGCAUCUGCGGGCGAAUCCGAACCAAACUGGACCACGGGCCAGUCCAUUUUCUAUAAACCUGGAGCAUUCCGCGACAAUCCUGACACCUAUCAGAUGGGCCGUGCUUUCAACAACACAGUUGAUCGAAGCAGUGCGACUCUCCUCUUUGCCGAGUCAUGGGGAUUCUGGCCUUCGGAAAUUGAGGACGAUUCAGGCAUCACAACAUGGUUCUCUGCCGCGAACAUGGGUUCAAGAGGACUCCCAGGAGAACGAUUCGGUGCAGGAGAUGGACCUCUGGAUCCUUGGAACGGACUCUGGAGAGGCGGCGGUGGCUAUGAGCGUGCCCCAGAGAUGGACGGCAAUCCGGAGCUCGAACCAACAAGCUACAUCCCCUACUACCGUCAUCCGAACCGUCGAGAAGAGCCAUUUAAGAUCGAGGGCGGCGCCAAUAUGGUCUUCGCAGAUGGGCAUGUCGACUACUAUGAAGCUCGUGAGCUGUUUGAUGCAGACACAGGACGAAGCACCUAUAAAGUACUAUGGUCACCUGAUGACCAGAAGGUCGAGAAUCGAGAACUAGGUAUCUCGGUCGCAACCGUUUCCAGAGCGAUCAACCACCAUGAGGGUGUGAGUCCUGCUACGCGCAAGCGCGUUCUCGAAGCCGCGGAACAAGCGGGGUACCGUCCCUCAACUGGUCUCAAGCCAACGAAUGUGAUUGGUCUUGUGUAUCCUGAAGACCCCGUCAAAUCCGACAUGGGCGACUUUGAAGCAGCCCUUCUCUCCGGCAUCCUUCGGGGUGUCUACGAGAAGAAACACGAUCUCACCUUCAUCAGCGCCGCGCGCGAUAAGCACAACGAUGAGAGCUACACCCAGUUCUUCCAUCGCAAAGGUGUUCGCGCGAUUCUCUUGCGUUCGCUUGGUGAUGAAUCACUCGUCGAGAAGAUCGCUGCGGAAAACUUCCCAGUUCUGCUCGUCGCUGAUCGUUCGGACAAUCCUCAGGUAAACUACAUCGACUCGAUCUCGAGCGACACCUCACGCAAAGCCGUGGAGUACCUGCUUGGUCUGGGACACAAACGCAUCGGUCUCGCGAUCCACAACAUGAUGGACACAGACCACCAAGAUCGUCUGGACGGAUACCUCGCGGCACUUAAAGGUGCCGGGAUUGAGAUAGACGACUCGCUUAUCGUCCGCGCUGAAGCAAACACGGCAGGCGGCGAGAUCAUGCUCACCAAACUCCUCGAACUCGAGAACCCACCCACAGCGGUCUAUUUCACCAACCCAAUGUCCACGAUCGGUGCACUGCAUAAAUGCCUGCGCCUUGGGAUCAAGGUUCCGCGUGAUCUCUCGAUCGUUGGGUUCGAUGACUCGGUCACCCGAUUCCAGACUUACCCUCGCUACACCGCCGUUUGUCAGGACGCGGUCUCCCUCGGGAUCGAAGCCGCACGCUGGAUCACUCGCGCCAGUGAAUCGAUCCUCGCUGAACAAUACCGCGAGGUCCGUCCGACGGACUUUGAAGUCCUCGAGACCACUUCCUACGCGAAUGAAAAGCCGAUCCGUAUCGAUCGCAAUGGUGAUCUCAUUCGAUAA